GUUCAGAUUGCAACCGGUGUGAUAAGACGUGAAAUGCUUUGGAUGCAACGGUGUCUGACGGCUCACUUAUCGUUUCAAUCAUGUUUCGGCGCUCAGCAAAUAUUCAUUUUUGAAAUGUCCAUUGUUUAUAUGAGUUGUUUUAAACUUCUCUUCGGACAACUUUAUAUUGACCAGAGUUUUUAAAAUUGAGUCAUAAAUUAAUAUAAAUUAGUUUUAUCAAGAAUAAUUACUGUUUAGUUUUCAAUUAAAAUUUUUUAGAAAUUUGGAGAAACUGUUGAGAUUUUGAAAGUGAAAUAGAAUUAUUCUGUAUGAUUUUCAAAGUCCCAUACUAAUUCAAAUUCCUCAGGAAAAAGAAAAACAAUGAAUAGUUUCAAGUAAUUUUAAAAGUUUGGAAAUUUGCUUAACCCAUCUUGUUAAAGUGGUAUAAUUAAGUACGUCCUCAACGAAGAACAUUAUUCUACAUCACGUUUUACAAAAAUAUGUUUAUGAAAUUAUGCACCUGAAAAUAAUGUGACCACUUGUUUCAGUGAACUUCAUGAAGUUAACUCAGUUUUUUUUUGUUUUUGUUUUUUUUUUUUUCUUUUGGCUGCAGAAUGCAGCAUUGUUUCCAUUCUACUUACGCUAAUAGAAGAGCUUUGUAUCUUCUGAUGUUAACUGAAUUUAAAAUCUAAUACUUAGUAUGUUUUGAAUUUUCCUAUGAAGAAGUUAAACUUUGAAUCUCAAUUCAAAUUUGCAUAAAUUCGCGUACGUUUUAAAGCACCUUUUCUACUAAAGAAGAUGGUGGAGUCUUUGUAACUCUGUCACGAGUGUCAUCCAAAUCAUGCAUCACGAAACAGGACAUGUGCAAAAUUCGUCUCAUUAUUCAGUUCCAAAAGUUACUGCACUGAGGACGUGGCACCCUCACGUUUAUGCUAAUCCACCCAAACAACCAACUCCUCAUUUCAUUAUAGACAUUCUGGGAAUUCGAGAAACUAACUCACCUCUUCCACCAACCCAGGUGAGCGGUCCAGUCAUCCUGCAAUCUUCUACGCCUCCCUUACCGAUAACUUCGGCACAAGGAACAAUUAAUGGUGUUCACCACUACCAGCACCAUGCCCAUUACCAGCACUUCCACAACAGCAGCAGUAAUAGCAGCAGUUGUAGUAGUUACAGUCCUUCGAUGGUAUCCACGAGUGAGGACGUCUCCGAGACCAAUAAGACGGUAAUUGAACAACCUCUGAACUUGUCAUGUCCAGAAAAAGUAAGGGAUGAUACUCCAUCACCUGGUAAGCUGACCCCUUUUAGGGUCGUCCCGCGGCUCGAUAAACAAAAUCAUGGUCCCAUCCCUCACAGAGUUUCACCUAAGAACCUGCCGCCGGCGAUCCACGUUGCCUUCUCGCCGCCGGGACCGGCCAGGCCUCCCGGCAUGGGCCUGAUUCCUUCUGCCCCGAAUACUGACGGUUCCAUAGUGCCGAUAAACGCCGUUGUUACCGGCGAUAUUGGCAAAAAGACGAAUAUGCCUCUAGUAGGGACUAAAUUGCUAAACACCGGAUCUACUGUGUCUAAAGGUAAACCUCAUAACACAGUCAACAAAUCAAGCAAAAGGAAAAAAGAAACUAAGCAAAGUCCACCACUUGAUGGAAACAAUAACAAAAGUCCAGUUGUGGGACAGGUUACAGAUGGUGAACCUGGUGCUUUAAGUAGUGUCAGUCCACCGGGCAGUCUGAAUGGCAACAGUAAUUGCUCUAGCAAUCUCAAUUCCACCCUCGGGGACAAUAAGCCUCCAAGCUGUGGUAGUGACCAAGAGAGCGGGGACAAGGGCAAGAGGAAAAAAGCCAGAACAACCUUCACUGGACGGCAGAUCUUCGAGUUGGAAAAACAGUUUGAGAUUAAGAAGUAUCUUUCUUCCAGCGAAAGAACUGAGAUGGCUAAACUCUUAAAUGUUACUGAGACACAAGUAAAGAUCUGGUUCCAGAAUAGACGAACAAAAUGGAAGAAACAGGAAGGCAUUUCGAACGCGGAAGCUGCUGAACAUAAACACGCCUGAGAAGUCUUCAAAUAACGCUGGAAAAGCAAAGAGUAGCAAAUCUUCGAAAAAUUCCAACAAAAGUAACUUUACCGGUGUCACUCCUUCAAACCCUGAUUCUGCUGCGACAGUUGUCAGUAACAGUGUUUCAGAAGUACUGCCGUUGACCAAUGGUAAAAUUUCUCGAGGGGAACUCAGUAAUGGAUUGUCAAUAGACCCUAUGGACCUAGAAUCAAAUCCUAUCUCAAGUGAAAAUUGUAACAAAUCAGCCAUCCCUCGAAUACCCAAAGAAAUGUUGGCAUUCAAGGUAGACGCCCAAGAUACAGAAAGAGCUGCUUCUGCUCCUCUGGAGUCUUCGAACAGUCCUAUACAAGCUAGAAGCGGAGAGCUAGUCCACUAUCCUUAUUCCUACGAAGCAAAAUCUGAACCUAGUUCCCCAAUUCAACAAACUAACUCAUCUGUGAAUUGUCGUGAGCCUUUCCCUGUUAAGAACUGUACCGAAGAAGAUUCACCGAAACAUUACUGAUAGGUAAAGGAAGGAUAAAGGAGUCGAGUCAAACUGUUAUUGUUUAACACUACAAUUAAAAAGGGAGAAGUUUUGAGAAAAGCUGAACUUGGAUCGUUCUUUAUGCUAAAUGGACUGUGCUUUCCUCUUAACAUCAUUGCUUGAUGUGAGACCAACAAUCACUUUCCGGGUGUAAAAAGAUUGUAUAUUGGAGCAAUUCAUUUGUGUGAUGAACAGGUCUAAGCUAGACUUAGGAAAACCUUUCUUUGUUCCAUCAGUCAUUUUCUGUUAUUUGGGUAAAUAGUUUCUUUUAAAAGAUAUUAUUUAUGCAAUACUUCUUUCAUACGAGAUAAUCUGAGUUGUAUUGAAGUUAAAUAUGCUUUUAACGCAGAAGAAGGAUCAUCUUCAAAAACUUCUAAUAUAUUUAUGCUUUCAGGCUAUUUUAUUUUGAUAUGUAAAUUAUUAAUGUAUUGUAUUUCUUGCUAGUGAAAGUCUUAUAAAGUGAAUUCGUAACUGUAUUUAAGGAAUUCAAAAUUCAAAGAACAAAACUGUCAUAAUCAGAUCAAAAUGUAUUUUGUACUUUAGAGAGGAAAAUUCAUCUAUGUUGUUCAAUUUGAAUACUGAAAUAUAUAAGAGAUUUUACUGAGUGUACUCACUGUUUUGAAAUCAAAAUUUGAUAAUUUCAUCAUUUAUAUCACUCGUCGUUUUAAACCCAUCAUCAAACAGUGCUGUAUAAUGAGCUUUUCGAUUUUAAUUUCGUAUUUCGCCAAAAUGACUGAGCAAGAUUUCAUGACAAUGUAUAAUUUUCUCCUCAUAUCGCCCCAAUUAAAUGAGAAAAAAAAGAAGUUAUAUAGAUAUAGCAUAUAUUUCUAUCUUUUUAAAAGAAGACAUGAACUUUAUGUGUAUAAUGUGUUAGAGUUUUAGCUGUUCCAGCCAGGAUCUUUUGCCUUAAAAAUACUGUCACUGAUUGUUCUGAUACCAGUGCUGUUGUUUAGGGUGUUUACCCAUUAUAUGGCUCCUUUGUUUCUGUGUUGCAUGUUUGUGCCGUCGCAAAGAAUAAAAACUAUUGUAGA